AUGGCUGAGCUAAGAAAGAGGUCCCUUGCCGAUAUGCAGGCUGCCAAGUUCAUCAAGAAACAUAAAAAGACAAACAAGAACCCCGUGAUCGAUGGAAUAUCGAACUGUGUGGUACGUGUUCCAGUGUCACUGUACGUUUCUCUAGCCCCGGUGUAUGCGGAGAGCCCUCUGCAGGGCAUCAUGAAGCAGCAUUUGAACCCAAUGGUAAUGAAGUACAACAGCAAAGUCAAUGGCGUGGUAUUAGGCUACAAGGAUCUAACGAUACUGGAUGCAUGCCCCCUAGAAGAUAAGUCUGAGGCCGAUGGAAAGCUGAUCAAGUUGACUGCUGACACCCCUUUCGGGUUCACAUGGUGCCAAGUGGUUCUUUACGUAUGGCAGCCUCAGAUCGGCGACGUGCUUGAAGGUUGGGUCUUCAUUCAGUCUGCUUCGCACAUCGGUCUACUGAUCCACGAUACAUUCAAUGCCAGUAUCAAGAAAAAUCAUAUUCCUGCCGACUGGACUUUUGUUCACGAGGAAGAAGAAGUGCACGAGGGUUCCGAUUCACAAAGCCGAGAUGAAGCUGAUGAGAAGAAUGGCGAGGCGUCACAAUUCACAAGGCGCUCUAUGGACCACUGGGUCGACUCCGACGGUGAAAAAGUCGACGGGAAACUGAAGUUCGUGGUGAGAAACGUAUACACCACCGGAAGAGUCAUCUCCGUCGAGGGAAGCUUAGUACUAGAUGGCAACCAUGACAAAGAACGCUCUCAAGCCGAAAGCCUGCCAGUGGUCUCCAACAGGAAGAUAGUAUUUGACGAUGAAGUGUCGGCUGAAAACAGAGAAAGUCAUAAAGAGCUGGAGCUUCCGGAGAUGAAGGAGGACAAUGGUGAAGAGAUCAUCUACGAGGAGAACUCGGACAGCGACGAGGAUUCUAGUAGUAGCGAAUGA